AUGGAGAGAAGAAACGACGUGUUUUUCUCCCGCAAGAGAAGUUUUACGUUUGGAGCGUACGGAGGGAUUGACAAAUUCAUCAGUGACAGUGAAAGCAGCCGGCCUGAGUAUCUAGAGCACAGCAUUCUGGAUAUUUUAGAUUCUCCGUCUAAUGAAACCAAAACAUUUGUGCCCACAAACCCCAAUCAGAAGGUGACUGAACUAUUUGAGAUAAUUGAAAAGCUUCAGGGCAGCAGGUUGGAUGAACAGCGUUGUGUGUUUCCUUUACCAUCUAAGUCUCGGUUGUUAAAGAUAGGAGAUGGUUUACCUCUCAUUCUGUCCCCUAAAUCUGGAGGAUACUGGAUCGACCCUCCAUUGGACAGACGUGUUGAGAUGAGUCCCACUUCCUCCAGUCCUUCAUUUGGCCUAGAGACCUAUGACAUCAUGGAGAGAGACAGAGAGGCGAAAAUCUUCCAGGAGUUUUUCAGGCACAGGUAUCAUCACUCAUUCAUGGCGGUUGAUCCUGUACUCGGACCUCUGGUUCUCUCCGUCUGUCUGGAGGAGGAGGAGAACCGACUGAGGGUCAUCCUGAGGAUGAAUGAGUGUUCUUUACAUGGGACAUUCUCCAUCUCGCUCUUCCAGAACUUCCCUACAGCUGUGGAACUUGCAAAGAUGAUGUGUGUCAAUGUGAGUGUUUCCAGCUUUGACGUGAUCAGUUACCUGAAGGCUCCAGAGCUGAUUGCAGCAUUUGAUGAACACAGAGUGUCUCAAAACUUUAAAUUUGGUGUUUUAUAUCAGAAGGAAGGGCAGCUGACAGAAGAAGAAAUUCUUAGUAAUAAUGAUGAAAGUGAAGAGUUUAAACACUUCCUGUCCAUUCUGGGUCAAACAGUCAAACUGAGAGGAUUCACCGGGUUCAGAGGGGGGCUGGAUGUGUCACAUGGACAGACAGGGAGUGAAGCAGUGUUUACUUCCUUUCACGGCAGAGAGAUCAUGUUCCACGUUUCCACAAAACUGCCCUUCACAGAUGGAGAUACACAGCAGCUCCAGAGAAAACGACACAUUGGAAACGACAUCGUCGCCAUUGUUUAUCAGGAAGGCCGAACCCCGUUUAUCUGUGACGUCAUCAGCUCUCACUUCUUGCACUGCUUCAUUGCUGUUCGGAGAGUAAAACGGGAGAAUGGGGCAGACGGAGGGGACGGGGGAGCAUUUCAGGUGUCUGUCACAGCUAGGGAGGAUGUACCACCGUUUGGCCCGCCUCUUCCGAACCCUCCUAUAUUUACAGAGGGUUCUAUAUUUCGAGAGUUUCUCCUGACUAAACUGAUCAACGCUGAGAUUUCAUGUUACAGAGCUGAACGUUUCAGCAAACUCGAGCUGCGCACUCGUUCCUCACUGCUUGAGGCGCUAAGAUCCGAGCUGUCCUCACGCUCCCAGUACAUGACGGGAAAUUCGGUGCAGGUCACCACCACUGCACCCCCACCACAAGAGGGAGGGGGAGGAUUCAUUGAAAAUUUUAAGAGAGCUAUACGGGUGCGCAGUCACUCCUUCGACACAUUGGGAGUUCAGAAAAAGACUGGAGGCCAAAAGCAGAAGUGAAGCGGGUCAUUGCAGCCCCCAGGAUGACGUGUAAAAACAAAAAAGCUAAAGAUUCAGCAUAAUGAACUCCGGCACUUUCAGAAGCAAACAUCCCUGCAGGAUAUAUCUAGUUUCUUAUUUUUUGUUUUUACAACUGCUAUUUCAUUAUAGUGACACAUAAAAUAUCUUUGAUGCUAAUAAGCAACUGAUUGUCAUGAGCUUUAAGAAGGUAGACAUAUAAAAUGUAUGGGGGUUAAAUGUACAAUUUUUAGUCACCCCAAACCACCUCCUUGUUGAGGUUAAGCAGCUACAUGCUUUUGUCAAUUAACAUUACUAUCCGACCUGUAUUUGUACUUAAUUUUAACAUAAGCUGUGAUUGUGAAACAUUGUUAUAUAUU